UCCCAGUGGCUGAGGUCAAGGUAGUGGAGAUGAUGUUCCUAUCUAGGUCCUCUGGCUCCAGGGCCUGUGGGCUUUGCUGUUUAUAGCUAUAUCUUGAUUAUAAAUAUUGCAUACUAGUAUUUAGUUAUCUUAGCACUUGUUUUGCAAAUCUUGUAUUUAUUUCUCACUCUCAUAAAACCUAGGAGAGAAAUAAGGGACAAACGAGUAAGGCCUUAAAAGGGCUGAGUACACAGGCAAGGACAAAGGUAGAUUUGAUUAGACAAUCACAGAUUGGGGAAGAUACACUGCAUCUCCCCUCCUAUUAACCCCAAGAGGCCUCCAGGAAACCUGAAGACAAUAAUCCCAGAAGCCCAGAGGGUGACCUGCCCUGGGUUAUUUCCUCCCCUGGGUUAUUACUGGGUGUCAGGCUGUGAAGCAGUUCAGGAAUUCAGGAAAUUGUAAAGAAACCACAACAGCCUCAACAACCAUCUUCUUAAACAUCAACAUCAACAAGCUCGACAAUAAAAUUCAUUAAAAUUCACCUCCCUGCCAUCCACAACCACAGACCUGAAGGAGGCAGAUGGCACUAUGGGGAGGGAGAGGCUCUUUGCUGCUGCUUCCCCGGUCUGAUUGUCUGCACCCCUGGCCUGAGUUUUCCAGGGUCUCAGGGAAGCGGGGAAACUGGUAUCCCUAUUUCUGGGUCAGGGCACCAGAGACCGAGGACGCCUCCACUUCGGAUCCUCACUGUCAAGUAGGUCAGGAUUAAAACAAACUGAGGUGAAGGUGGAGGUUGGCGUUCCUGGGGAAGCAUGGGACGUCCAAGUACCUGGGGAGGCCGCCGGAGCCAAGCCAAGGGAGUGAGAGUGGAGAUGUUGGGGUGGAAAUGGGACGGGAAAGGCGUGGCGAGGGGUCCAGGACCGGCCUUGGGGUGGGCGUGUGUGUGGAAGGAUGGCCAAUCAGAGAGUGUGCUUCCGCCAAGGGGCGGGAUAGGGGCUCGCCUGGGUGGAGAUUGGCUAACGGCGCCGCGGCUUUGCGAUUCAGCGUUAUAUACGGCAGAGGCGGCUGCGGUGCCAUGGGGUCCGACCGCACUCGUCAGAACCGGGUGCUCGGAGUUCCUCGGGUCCUGGGUCCGUUCUGUCCCGCCCCCAGGUUCGCUCCUCGGGCCCCCAACCUGUGGUUCGGCUCCUCAAGCUCCCGGCCUUGACGUCUGCAGAACGAAAUGGGCACAGUCAUGAAUGCCUCGGACGGGAAAGAGCCACUGCUCCAGCCCUACAGCUUCGAGCUGCUAGAGGACCCAAGGCCCUUUGUGGAGGAGUACUGGACAGCCUCAUUUCCCAUCGCUCUGAUCUACCUGCUGUUCAUCUUUGUGGGGCACAACUACAUGAAGGCACGGAAGGGCUUCAACCUGCAGAGGCCUCUCAUCCUUUGGUCCUUCUGCCUCGCAGUCUUCAGUAUCCUGGGGGCAGUGAGGACGUGGGGCAUUAUGGGAAAUUUGAUACAUAGGCAUAGCCUAAAGCAAACUGUGUGCUUCACCACCUCCCUCCACGAAUCUGUAGUCAAAUUCUGGUCCUGGCUCUUUGUUCUCAGCAAGAUCAUUGAACUUGGAGACACAGCCUUCAUCAUCCUGCGUAAGCGGCCACUCAUCUUUGUGCACUGGUACCACCACAGCACAGUGCUAGUGUUCACAAGCUUUGGAUACAAGAACAAGGUGCCUGCAGGCGGCUGGUUUAUGACUAUGAACUAUGGUGUGCAUGCUAUCAUGUACACCUACUACACUCUGAGGGCUGCCCAAGUGAAGCCCCCCAGGUGGUUUCCCAGGCUCAUCACCAGCCUGCAGAUCCUGCAGAUGUUUAUGGGAGCCACUGUCGUCAUCCUGGCUUACACCUGGAGACAGGAACAGGGAUGCCACACCACAACGGAACAAUUCUUCUGGUCCCUCCUGCUGUAUAUAACCUACUUCAUCCUCUUUGCCAACUUCUUCUACAAAACCUAUGUAAUGCCCAAGGUUAAAGACAAGACCAAGAGCGAGUAAAGGGUUGGAGAAAAAGAAGGGGCUCCAGGUUCUCUCCUCCCCGGGGCAUGGAGGGGUUUGGUUUAGGUUUGGGAGAAUGAUUAGGAGGUUUUCCCUGCGUGGUUUCCCCACAGGAUGUGUGCCCCAAGGUGGCAGGAAGUUAUGACAGACAAGAAACGUCAACCAUGGGAAGGGGAUGUGGUGUAGUACUUUGAUGUUUCUGUUUUUAAUAUGAAGGCCAAGCAGACCCUGAGAUGGGGCUGGGACUGGGGAGGAUUCCCACAGCCGAAUUAUUUAUAUUUCUAUAUAGAAACCUUUCUCUUCUUGCUCUAUUUUUUAAUUAAAUAUUUCAAGAAGACUUCUAGUUUGGGGGAGUUUGGGGGAAGAAGGGAUCUGCUGUGGUGGGAAAUGUCUGCUGGCAAUGGGAUGAUCAGUAGGUUAGACGUCUAAGAGGAUGUGUGGAUGAGAAGCACACACGC